AUGCAUCACUCUGCUCUACUGAGCUGGCUGAUGCUAGGGGUCUUCGGGCAUGCUCUUGGGUGUCCACAACCACGGAACAACUCCCUCGAAACAAGAUGGUACAGCGUAGGAAACCCAACAGGCGACGAACCCAAGACCAACAACGCCUGGCCCGUGAUCCAAGAAGGCGUCCAACCAGUCCGCUACUGCUGGGUCAAACAAUCCGACAAAGACUCCCUUCAGACCAUCCUCGCGAAAGCCAUAGAGAAAUGGGACUUUGCAUUCCAGACCAGCGCCCUUCAAAUCCUCCCGGACCAGGCUAAUGGCCCCAAUAUCUGCGGUGGGAAGGUGGUCCGCGACGAUGCGUUGUACAUUGAGGAUAUCACGGGGUCGGCGUCGGGUGGGUUGACGACGCAGGGGUAUUGGGGGCUGGAGGGACAGACGGAGCCGGGGAGGCAUACGAUGAAGUUUGAUGUGGCGUUUCCCGAUGUUGCGAAGAGGAGUCCGCAUCCGCAGGAUGUGUUGGUUAUGGCGCAUGAGUUGGGACACGCCAUUGGUCUCGAGCACGAGCAUGCUCGGCCUGAUGCUUCUGAGUAUGUGUGGUUUUAUUGCGAGAACCUUCAAGAUUAUGAUGAGGCCAAAGCGAAAAUCCAACCGCCCGAUACCAUCGACCAAGCCUGCAAAUCCCGCUCCAUCGCCCGAAAUGAGGACCAGGGACUCAUCGGCCAGAACGCGUGGAGCAAAAAAUUCGACCCAGACUCCAUCAUGAUCUACGGCUCCUACGAUGGCGGCAAGGAGCUUCCUCCCACUGACAAUUCUUUCGGCAAGCCAGUCCUGCUCGGCCAUCCUCAGGGCGAGAAGAAUCCAAAUGCUGGAAAGCGGUAUAAGCUUUAUAUGGGUGGUAUGAAGGAUAAAGCCCAAGCGGGUCCGAGUGAAGGAGACACGGCGCGUGUGGCUCAGCUGUAUCCCCCGAAGGACCCGGGUGAUGCUGAAAAUGCUGGAGUGGAUGCGGAUGACUGGCAGGGGACGUCGAAAGCGGUGGCAAGGCGUGGUGUCAAGACGGUGGCGCCGUGA